CACACAUACAUUCUGCUUUCCUAUCUCCUUCCUUGCUGACAACUCCUUUACUCAUCAGCGCUGCACACAAACAAGGUUGUAGCUAAGAAGUGAGCAGAAUGCCCCCAGGCAUUUACUGCCCUAUGGAAUUCUGGUCCAAAGGGGAAAACCAAAACAUCCAGGUGGACUUUCUGCUGCCCACAGGCAUAUAUUUAAACCUCUCUGUGUCCUGUAAUGCCAGCUUGGGCACCAUCAAGCAGGUGGUGUGGCAGCAUGCGCAGUAUGAGCCACUGUACCAUAUGCUCAAUGAUCCUGAGGCCUAUGUGUUCACAUGCAUCAACCAGACAGCAGAACAGCAAGAGCUGGAAGAUGAGCAACGGCGACUUUGUGACAUCCAGCCCUUCCUACCAGUACUGCGGCUUGUGGCUCGAGAAGGCGACAGGGUCAAGAAGCUUAUUAACUCCCAAAUCAGCCUACUCAUUGGGAAAGGUUUACAUGAGUUUGAUUCUGUGCAGGACCCAGAGGUGAAUGAUUUCCGCAUCAAAAUGCGCCAGUUCUGUGAGGAGAGAGCAGCAAAGCGGCAGCAGCUUAGCUGGGCAGCUUGGAUGGAGUACAGCUUUCCUUUGCAGCUGGAGCCGUUGGCCAAAGGCCUUGGGACUGGCCCCCUACAAACCCCCACCAAGAACAUUUUUGUCAACGUCAGGUUUCAGUCUGGCGGGGAGAGCUUCACUUUCCAGAUCUCCCCAAAGGAGUUCCCCAUCACAUUAAUGAGCUAUGCUAUCAAGAAGCAGGCUACUGUCUUCCGCCACGAGACUAUGGAGAGCCCAGAGGAUUACACCCUCCAAGUGAAUGGAAAAUGUGAAUAUCUCUAUGGGAACUACCCUCUGUACCAGUUUCAGUAUAUCCGCAGCUGCCUGCACCGAGGCCUAACACCCCACCUGACCAUGGUACACUCCUCCGCUAUCAUUGCUAUGAGAGAUGAGCAAACCAACUGCAUUGCCAACCCCCCAAAGAUGGCUACCAAGCCUCCCCCGCUCCCUAAGAAGAAGCCAAACUAUAGUUCUCUCUGGUCCCUAGAGCAGACCUUCUACAUUGAGCUGGUGCAAGGCAGCAAGGUCAAUGCAGAUGAGAGAAUGAAGCUGGUGGUGCAAGCAGGUCUUUUCCAUGGCAAUGAGAUGCUGUGCAAGAUGGUGUCAAGCUCUGAAGUGAAUGUAUGCUCAGAGCCAGUGUGGAAGCAGAGGCUGGAUUUUGAUAUUAACAUCUGUGAUCUUCCCCGUAUGGCACGGCUCUGCUUUGCCCUCUAUGCUGUCAUCGAGAAGGCAAAGAAGGCACGUUCCACCAAGAAGAAGUCUAAGAAAGCUGACUGCCCAAUUGCCUGGGUAAAUGUCAUGCUUUUUGACUAUAAGGACCAGCUGAAAACAGGAGAGUGCUGCUUGCACAUGUGGUCCUCCUUUCCAGAUGAGAAAGGAGAACUUCUGAACCCCAUGGGUACAGUACAGUGCAACCCUAACACAGAAAGUGCAGCAGCCUUGGUCAUCUGUUUCCCCAGCAUUGCAUCGCAUCCUGUGUAUUACCCAUCAUUUGAACAGCUGCUGGAGUUGGGGAGAAAUGGAGAACAACCCCGCACUGCACUGGAAGACCCUGAGGAGAAAUUGCAACUGAAAGAGAUACUGGAACGGAGGAGCCACACUGAGCUCUAUGAGCAUGAGAAAGACCUGGUCUGGAAGAUGAGAUACGAUAUCCGAGACCAGUAUCCACAAGCUUUGGCAAAGCUCCUUAUCAUCACCAAAUGGAACAAGCAUGAAGAUGUUGCCCAGAUGAUUUCCCUGCUUCAGACCUGGCCAGAGCUGCCUGUCCUGAAUGCCUUGGAGCUGCUGGAUUUCAGCUUCCCUGACCGUUACGUUGGCUCCUUCGCUAUCAACUCAUUAAAAAAGCUGACAGAUGGUGAAUUGUUCCAAUAUCUGCUACAGCUUGUCCAGGUGCUUAAGUACGAAUCCUACUUAGACUGUGAAUUAACCAAGUUCCUACUGGACAGGGCAUUAUCCAACCGCAAAAUAGGCCACUUCCUAUUCUGGCAUCUAAGGUCAGAAAUGCAUGUACCGGCAGUCGCCUUGAGGUUUGGCCUGAUCCUGGAGGCAUAUUGCAGAGGCAGCACCCACCACAUGAAAGUCUUAAUGAAACAAGGAGAAGCACUCAACAAGAUGAAAGCCUUGAAUGACUUCGUCAAAGUGAGUUCUCAGAAGGCCACAAAGCCUCAAACCAAGGAGAUGAUGCAUAUGUGCAUGAAGCAGGAAACUUACCUUGAAGCACUUUCCCACCUCCAGUCCCCCCUGAACCCCAACAUUAUCCUCGCUGAAGUUUGUGUGGAGCAGUGCACUUUUAUGGACUCCAAGAUGAAACCUUUAUGGAUUGUGUUUAAUAAUGAAGAGACAGAUGGAGGUGGAGUGGGUAUCAUUUUUAAAAAUGGAGAUGAUCUUCGACAGGACAUGCUGACGCUGCAGAUGAUACAGCUGAUGGACAUUCUCUGGAAGCAAGAGGGCCUGGACCUGAGGAUGACCCCUUACGGCUGCCUUUCCACAGGCGACAAGACUGGACUGAUAGAAGUAGUCAUGCAUUCAGAUACCAUUGCCAACAUCCAGCUGAACAAGAGCAACAUGGUGGCCACUGCAGCCUUCAACAAAGAUGCACUGCUGAACUGGCUAAAAUCCAAGAACCCAGGUGAAGCAUUAGAACAAGCUAUAGAGGAGUUCACUCUAUCCUGCGCUGGGUACUGCGUGGCAACAUAUGUACUGGGAAUAGGGGAUCGGCACAGCGAUAACAUCAUGAUCCGGGAAACUGGCCAGCUCUUCCAUAUUGAUUUUGGUCACUUUUUGGGGAACUUCAAGACCAAAUUUGGUAUUAAUAGAGAACGCGUUCCUUUCAUCUUAACCUAUGACUUUGUGCAUGUCAUCCAACAAGGGAAAACUAACAACAAUGAGAAAUUUGAAAGAUUCAGGGGUUACUGUGAAAAAGCCUAUAUGAUUCUGCGGCGCCAUGGUCUUCUCUUUCUGCAUUUGUUUGCACUGAUGAAAGCUGCUGGCUUGCCAGAACUCAGCUGCUCUAAAGACAUUCAGUAUCUAAAGGAUUCUCUAGCUCUAGCAAAAACAGAUGAAGAAGCACUGAAGCACUUCAGACUAAAGUUUAAUGAAGCCCUUCGAGAGAGCUGGAAAACCAAAGUGAACUGGCUGGCACACAACGUAUCCAAAGAUAACAGACAGUAGAGCAACCAAGUCAGCCUGUGCACCUGCUCCAGGAGAAUGUAGUACCACUUGCACUGAGCUCAGAAAUUGAGACAGGUUUUUAAAGAAUGAUGACUGUUGCCAUGUUAAAGAUCCCUCACUUGCAUACCUAAAGAUCAGACAUUUCUGCAUGACUGAAAAUGGCUGGACUGUCAACAGCUGCAUAAUCGUGUCUGCUCUAGAUCAUUGGGGACGAGGGGAAGACUUAAGGCAAUAACAUUACUGCAUACAGAGAAAGGUAGGUAGAUGUACUGUAUCCUUAAGAACGUGUUACUUCAAAUACAUCCUUUAAUGGAAGAGUUUAGACAGUUGUAAUAUCCUUUAAAAUGGGUGAGUGUAUUAAUGUGUGUAUUCCUAUUUUGUUGAAAAUUUAGCUGAACACUGAGAAUGUGCUAUCUGUAGCUGUUGCACAGUAGCCUUUGCUCUAGGUACGCACCCUUACAGUUCAGAGGCAUUAACUCACCAUGAGAUCACUCCUGCUACCCUGUGUCAAUGUAUAGCAAAAUCACACUGAAGCAGACUUGGACAAAGUGUUUUGCUCUGCAGUGUGACAGGGUAAAAAUUCCUAUAUCCUCUCUCUGCUAGAGAGGCCAAAGUGUUCUUAAACCGAACUGGACUCCAUCUGUUGCUGUCAAAACUGAUGCCAGCAGAACGGGUUCUGGUUGGCCAGUGGAUUAGGUAUUUUUGUUUCCUUUCCUAAGCCAGGCUUUAUUUCAGCCUCAAGCAACUCCUAGGUUUCUGCAUUUAUUUUUUUUUUUAGCCUGUUAAUAAGUAAGUAAGUCUUGCAUUUUCAAAACUCCUGUGUAGCAUUGGUUGCUACAUGUACCUCCUGCAGGGGUGCAUUAGGUGCAUUCCCUGUAAUGCACGCAUGCAGGGCCCUGGCCUACAUCUGCAUACUCACUGGGGCACAACGCUGCGGUUCCCAUGCCAUUCCGUGGCCAGCCUGCUUCCUGUGUGAGGACAGAGAAAUGCCAGAGGAAUGGGUUUAACACUGAAAAAUAACUGUGAGUAUCAGGCAAUUAGAAUUACUAAGUAAGUUGCAUCUGCACUCCACAGGGAUAUUCCCUGUUCCUUUCCCCCACUCCUCCUUCCCAGCUGGGGUGCAGAGACUGCUUGUCAGUGUCGGGUUCAGCCAGAGAGCAAGCUGCAGUUACCGGUGCCUGCGCCUACAGCUGGACAUUCCCUUCCCAAGCAGAACCUCUCCCCUCGCCCUCCCCACACGGUGCUGUAGUUAAUCAUAUAUUUCUACUCCUGUGUCAUAUUCUUAUCUCCAGCUAGUGUCCUCACCUGGUGGGCAGUUUUCAGCACGGGUGUUGCUCAGGAACAGAUGGACAGGAGCCACUGCUACCACUCAGUGCCUCACGUGAGCAUAGUGAGGGGUGUCAAGCAGGCUGCAGCCUGUGAGUCAUGCUGGAAGAUAAAUGGAGCAGUGUGGUUAGUACCUGCUUCUUUUAGCAGUUCCCUGCAGUGCUUCCUUCCAUCUUCCUAUGUUCUCUACAGCAGUAUGUUCCUGUGAGGGUGCUAUCAUUCCUGGCUUUUCAGGAAUGGCAUAGUCUAAUCUUCAGUUUCAGACCUUUUUGCAAGGCCUCCCUAAAGCUAAAUUGUACCAUUGACUUGUACAUCCGUAACUAGGUCGAGCAACUUUUUUUUUUCUUUUUUUACUCAAUAUGUGGGUAAAAAGAAAUACAGGCAUUCCACAUAUUGAUUCUCAGCUGACGAGAGAUGUAUGCAGUAUCAAAUAAUGAACUACUCUGUCAUGAUUAGCUUUAGCUUUCAUACCUGGUUUGAAUUAUUUUUGUCUAAAAUUCCCACAAAAAAAAUGCAGGUUUAGGACAGAGACUGACUUGAUAACUAAGUUUAUUCUUAAUAACUUUUCCCUGUCACAGGAAAAGAUUGACAGUGUUUCUGCAUUCAGCAGUUAAGUGCAACUCAUUUCUGAUUUCAGGUCUUUUUAAUAACUUUAAAUCAAGUACCCCUGUAUUUGCAGCAGUGGGGGAGAUGACUGCCUUAUAUUGCUGUACAGGUCCAUCAGGGUUUUUUUCAGAGGACAAAUUAAAAUAUAAUUUUUUUCAUCAAUUGCUUGGCUAUUGCCUUCAAAAAAAGAAAAAAGAAAAGAAAAAGUAACUUCUGUCCCAGAGUAGAAAGGAAUAGUAGAUAAUAAGAAUUUUGGUCAGUAAAUGGAAAUACAAUAUAUUUUUAAUACCUUUAAUCAAACCUUGUCUCAUUAUCUUUCCAUACAAAUGUGCUAGUAGAUCAUGGUUUAGUGUUAAGUUGUAGCUAGUUCAAUUAUGAUCUAAAAAGUAUUUACUGUUUCUUUUUAUGAAAGAUUUUAUGCUAUGAAGUCUAUUAUAAUAUGGUAAUAAAACCCAUACUGUUUUAUAUAUAUUGAUAUAAACCAGGCUGCCUCUAAUAGAUCACUUGAUCCUGUAAGAAGCAGUUAGAUAACAGCAAUUGUCAGAGAUCCCCUUUUUUUCAUACCUUUCAAAUAACACUGAAUGUGAUGGAGAUGUGGCCAGUACAUUUCAAGACAGAACAGCUUGUGCCCUUUUAAACGUACCCAACAAUUAUUUAUUACACAUCCUUCUGUAAUAGUUUUUCAGCAUAUCAUUCAAUAAUAAGUAAUAGUAAAAGCCUGUUUGCAGCUACAAAGAGCAGUUGUUUUUGUGUACUUUUUUUGUGCUUUACAGACCUUAGUUAGUUAGCUAGAGCUGAAAGCCUAGCUGCAUGUCUUCCCGUAACUGUGGGUUUGACUAAAACACGGAGAAAACAACAGUGGAUAAAUGAGUACAAUCAAUCAGACCUGUGAGAAACAAAACAACAUCUUGAUUGGAGCCAGCACUUUAGAACUGCUGCUGCUUCUAGAACAAGACUGAACUAAAACAAACUUGUUAGGGUCUGAGCCCUGUCCUCUGCGAAAGACGAGCUUUCUGCAAUGUACUGUAAUUUACUUUCACUGAUGUGGUUGCUCCGAGGCUGUACAUUACUCGUGUUUUUCUUGAACUGAAUAGCAGUUAGUGGCCUCAGCUUUCAAAUUUAAUCUUAUAAAGCAAUAAAUCUGUAAUUGUCAUUAGCAAAAUACUGUUAUGAAACUGAGCUGGACAACAAAUUAUGAAAAUAAAUCACUGGACAUGUUUUUUAGCUAACAUUUUUAAUACUAGAGGGAUAACUUUACAGUGCCAAUUAUAUAGCUUCAUGCUUCACAGGCUAGGCAGCUUUCCAGGUGGCACAAUUUAAAAUAGGAGCAGUAGGAUGCUUAUAUCUUUUACAUCCAUUAAUAUAAAAAAAAAAAGAAAAAACAGUACCAUAAGGACUUGGACAAAUGGAAUGGUUUCCCCGGGGCAGCAAGUUACCAUGUAUCAGCAACUCACAGCAACUACGGCAGCUCACAGCAAGCCUGUUCUUUCGCAGGGAGAUGCCGCUGUACACCAUCUGACGCUACUUCCUGUUUAACGUGCAGGGCUAACGCAUACUGACAACUCCUGCUCAGCACCUUGUUUGUGCAUUAAAACUUUGUCACUUGCCCCUCUCUGGUGAUGUUUGUAUGAGGUCCCACCGUCAUCCUCCUAACCAGCUGAUGUAGUCUUUUCUAAUUCUUGGGUUUUCUUAAAGGCCAGAUUUGUGGAAACCAAGUGUUUUGCACUCCAGUUUAAUGGAAUGCACAGAAAAAUUGCUGCCAUCACAGAAUACAGCAAGGCAGGCAGGGAUCCUGCUGAGAUUCUAAAUAGGAAAUACAAAAAUGGAAAAAGAAAGGCCCACGCGCGCUCUUUUACAGCUGCUUUGAUUUUAGAGGAAAAUAAUGCAGUGAUUUAGAUCUCUUUGCAUGCUAAUCAGACAACUAGAAAACAGGACUGCUACCCAUUUAAAUAACCACUCCCUUAGAUGUUCAUGGCCUCUUUGUUCUCCUUCUUCUGGGUUUGGAAUGCCCUGAAUUUGCUUAUUUGUAGAAUUGGCAAUGGCUGCAUAGCUUUGCCCUAUAUUAGAGAAUGAUAAACACUGCUAUUUCCCUCCAUAUUCAGCUGAUUCGUGGAGCAGAAAAGGAAAGUAUGCAGAAAUAUCAGUCCACAUACAAGUUGAGAUGCACUGAAACCACAACAAUCUGAUCAGUGGUUUGUACAUUCGCAUGGGAAGGAAAAAAUAUACUACAGUUCUGUAAACAUAAAUGCAAUUAUCUGGCUUCACCACAGACUGAAAAUCCAGGGUCCUGUCUUGUUCUGCAGCAGGGCGCUCUUACCUGAUCGUCUCUGUAGUCACCUGUCAGCACGUGGUUUGCAGCCUCACAGCAGUUCGUACCUUCAGCUGCUGCUGUUCUGCGUUUCCAGAAACUCAGGCCCUAGUGUAGUUUUACAGAAGUACAAAGCAGCACUGGCUCAUGUCAUCUGUCCGUCAGUUUUGUAAGUGCAAUAAACAAAGUUUUAUCACCCUAAAUUGCAAGAACUGAGCAAUUCCAAAGGUGUUCAUCAAUCUAGCACAGAUUACAAAAGGGUUACUUAUUUCUGGAAAACUGACUUACCUACAAAAAGUAAGAACAUCAGUGAGUCGAGUGGACCGCCUCCCUUGUACGGCACUGGACUAGCAACUGUAUCUUGAAUACAAGUCAGACGGUUGUACCAGGUCAGCAAAGAUCCUUUUGCUCCAAAAUUACAAAGCAGUAUCUCAUCUGAUAGUCCCCAGCAAGCUAAAUUGUAAAGAAGACUGAAACUUAAAUCAGUUCAAAAAAAAAAAAAAAAAAAAAAAAAAUUUCACUGUAAAUAACUACCCUUCCUCUGUUAUAAAUAUGCUCAAAGUGAUACCUUUACUAUUUCUAUUUAUUUAGAGAAGUUGUUGUGUUUUUUUUUUAAUUCUUUCUUUUUACUCUGUACAAACUGAUUGUGCUUAUUCUGUUGCCUUUGAAAAAAGAAGUAUUUUUUUUAAGUCAGGCCACGGCUCUAUAUAAAGAGAAUGUUUACAUGUUUAACUGUUCAGUUGCUUACAGUACGUGUUUUGUAAGUCUAAAAAUAAAGAUGAUUAAUAAAUUAUA